AUGUGCCACACCAGCUGUUCCACAGGCUGCCGGGCUGGCUGCUGCUCGCCCAGCUCCUGCCAGUCCCCCGUGUGCCUGCCCGUGGGCUGCCAGCCAGCUGUGUGCGUGCCGGUGAGCUGCCAGACCACCUGCUGCGUGCCCGUGAGCUGCACACCCAUCGUGUGCACGGCCCCCUCCUGCCAACCCCCCGUGUGCCUGCCUGUGAGCUGCAGGCCCGUCAUGUGUGUGACCUCCUGCCAGUCCUCUGGGUGCAUCCAGCCCUCCUGCCCCACCCUGGUCUGCAGGCCCAUCUCCUGUGGCACCCCAUCCUGCUGCUGACCCCGAGUCUCCUACCCGGCUGCUCCCGGUGCAGAUGGGACCACACCUGCACCUCUCCCACCCUGAGUCCUGGCAGACCUCCAGUUGUGCAGGUGGGAGAUGAAAAGCAUGUUCAACAGGCACCCUGAACUCCGGCACGAGAGUGCGGCAGGGUGACCUGGGUCCCGUGCGACCCCGUGCACCCCCCAGGGAAGCCCUGGUGCUCAGGCUCCUCCUCCGUCUCCAACGGGAAACCUCACCCCGUGGCAGGCUAAUAAA